AUGGAAGUUGCUCCAUCGAAUGGCAGCAGCAGUAAUAGCAGUGAUUUCAGUGUAGCUCCUGAAGGUUCCGAUGGAAGGAACUCGAGCUCGAGGGUUUUGAGUCCGCAGUUACUGGCGAACCCUGUGGCAGCACCUGCUCCACUUCCAAUGGCUUAUAAACAGUGGCAGUAUCCUGCGUACCCGACCCAUCAAGAUGCAGCAGCAAGGGAACCGGCACCUCCAGUUUACUACUACUGCCCUCCCUUACAACCGCAUAGCAAUUCUUUACCCAACGGGUAUCAGCAACCGUAUUAUUACGUGAAUACUCCUCCCACUCAGCAACAACAACAGCAACAACAACAACAACAACAAGCGCAUCUUCCAGGCCCUAAGUUGUAUCAGUAUCCCGGAUUCCAAGAGCAACAGCCUGCACAACAUCAGCAGCAACCCCCAUCUCAGCAUCCACAAUCGUCACAGAGUAAGAGCCCGACGUUGAAUGCUCAACAGUAUCCUCCUCGUCAGUUUAGUGCUUCACCUGUGGCGUACCAGGUUACUACUCCCGCCAUUACACCUUUGGGUUAUAUGGCUCCGCAACAGUCUACCGGUUACGAUAGUUCGCUGCUUUCGCCGCCUUCAACAAGUUCUUCUCUGGCGAGAAGGCCGACGGCAACUUCGAAGCCUGCUCGUAGACCUAUAAAACAGAAGGAUUCAAUUGAUUUACCCCACGAGUUGCAAGUGCAGUCUUUUGAUGUUACUACGGCUCAUGGUCAAUCGACUAGGCCUAGGGUUACUACUACGAUGUGGGAAGAUGAAAAGACCCUAUGCUAUCAAGUAGAGGCUAACGGUGUCUCCGUAGUGCGCAGAGCAGAUAACGAUAUGAUCAAUGGUACCAAGUUAUUAAAUGUUGCCAAGAUCACACGUGGAAGAAGGGAUGGAAUCCUGAAAGCUGAAAGGAUCAGACAUGUGGUGAAGAUCGGUUCAAUGCAUUUAAAAGGUGUUUGGAUUCCUUUCGAAAGAGCUCAUGCUAUGGCACAACGUGAAAAGAUUGUAGACUACUUAUAUCCUUUAUUCGUCAAGGAGAUUCAAAGUGUGUUGAAACAAACUUCACUGGAUUUUGUGGAACCACCACCACCUCCCCAACCACAACCACAACCACCAUCACAACCACAACCACAAUCACAACAACAAAUAACUCAGGAGGAGGAUUUGGUUAAACCACAACUGUCGUACGAGUUGGCCCCCGCUUGGUAUAACAAUAUGCCCUCAAGGUCGCAUACCUCACCACAACCGUACAGAACUCCGCUAUCGUAUGGACAGUAUCAAAAUAUCGCAUCGUCUUCAAAUACACCUCCACCAAAUUUCCCCCUACCUUUACAACCGGCAUAUCAUCAAGCUAUACCAUCUACGAGCUACCAUUCAGAAUUUCCAACGUUGCACAGGCCUCAGCAUAUAAGUUCCGCUGCUUCAAAUUCUACAGCUGGAUCUGCUGCUAGCAGUUCCAUAGGGAGUGGUUCAUCGAAUUCGGCUGCAGAUUCAAUACUGAACCCACCGCUAAAUGGACAAGAGACAUUGACCAAUGGUCCAAAUCCAAAGAGCAACACUCCAGGCAAGUUACUCACAGGCAUUCAACCUCCGCAACCAAUCGGCGGCACUCCUGGCACUCGUGGCAGCGUUGAAAACUCUCAAGAUGAAUCUUGCAAAAAAAAAGAUGUUUGA